AUGGGUAACUUCAUUGAGAGAGACAGAGAGAGAGAGAGUCUGCUAUGUAUCAAGUGUAGCUGUCCGCGCGGUCUCACAUGGGCUGUUCUCCGUCACGCUCUCUGGGUGAGCCCGGGAAACCACCUCUCUCUCAUCCGUUACUUCCACCGGGAUGGACACCAACAACAGAUCGAUGGAUGUCCUGGUGACAGACAGCUCAACGUUCUGCUGAAGCUGCUGGAACAGACUCUGAGCUUUCAUACUGAGACUAAGAAGACCUCUGUUAGGAACCUGCUGAAACAACUACAGCCCACAGUGACAGGACCAGACUACUUGUCCAUGAACACGUCAGUCUACAGACACGGCACCAGCUUUGUGGAAUCCCUCUUCGAGACCUUUGACUGUGACCUGGGGGAGCUGAAAGACAUGACAGAGGACAGGAAAGAGAAGCAGGACACACACACAGAGACACACACUGAAACAAUACCCUCAAAACAGCCGCCUCUCCCCCGCUCCUCAGAGACCCCUCCUCCCCUGCCCACCACCCCCCCUCCUGAGGCUUACUAUGAAGAGGCAGUACCUCUCAGCCCUGGCAAGCAGCCAGAGUACAUCACCACACGCGGGAGCUCCAGCCCUCCUGACUCCAUAGAAGAUGGUUACUAUGAGGAUGCAGACAACAACUCUCCUUCUACCUGCAUCAACGGACGACAACGUAAAAACUCCUACAAUGACUCUGAUGCUCUGAGUAGUUCCUAUGAGUCGUAUGAGGAGGAUGAAGAGGAAAGGGGAGCAGGACCAGGGUCCAGGCUGACCCACCACUGGCCUAGUGAUGAGAGCUCCAUGCUCCCUGUCAGAGACUGUAGGAUAUGUGCCUUCCUGCUGCGAAAGAAACGCUUUGGACAGUGGGCCAAGCAACUGACUGUCAUACGGGACAACAGGCUACAGUGCUAUAAGAGCUCUAAGGACGUGUCCCCGUAUGUUGACCUGCCCCUGACCCUGUGCACUGUUGUCUACGCCCCUAAAGAGGGACGCAGGAAGAGACAUGAGCUGAGGUUCUCUCCACCCAGUGGAGAGGCUCUGGUCCUGGCUGUGCAGAGCCGGGAGCAGGCACACAGGUGGCUCAGGGUGGUCCGUAAAGUGAGUCAGGGAAAAGGACCAGAAGAGUCCACUUCUCCCAUGAUGCCCAGAAAGACUGAGCUGGACAAGAGGCUGUCUGGUGAAAAAACUAUGUCAGACAGUGUUGAAGUGGCUACAGGAGAGAAUAACAGGGACAACAGAGAGAAUGGUAAGGUGAAGCGGGGGGCUCUAGCAGCAGGUCGUAAGAUAACACGUAUCAUCAGUUUCUCCAAGAAAAAGCACCUCCUACCUGGCGACGCACGCCCCCCCUCCCCGGAUACAGACCCUCGACGAGGAUACCUGUCUGUGUUGGUGAGCCAGGUAUGGAGGGACCAGUGGUGUUGUGUGUAUGGGGGUUCUCUCCACUUCCACCCUGACAGAGGAGACCCCCGGCCCUCCCUAGCCCCUCUACCCCUCCAUGGGUGUGAGGUGUUUCCAGGACUGGGACCCAAACACCCCUUUGCCCUCAGGAUACUGAAGGGGGGCACAGAGGUGGCUGCUUUGGAGGCGUGUAGUUCUGAUGAUUUGGGGCGAUGGCUGGGUGUUCUGCUGGUAGAGACAGGUACAGCCUCAGAUCCAGAGUCACUACACUACGACUAUGUAGACGUGGAAACCAUCGCUAACAUCAGAGAUGCCGCGAGACACUCUUUCCUGUGGGCCACAUCUUCUAGUAGCACUUCUACUGACUCCAGGACGUACGACGAGGUUCCCCAUGAGGGAGUGCAGCCUGGCGAGGAUGGGGGACCGAAGCAGAGGUCCAGUUUCACCAGUAGUGACUCCGGUAGGACCAAACCUGGUCUGGCCCUGAAACGCACGGGCUCCAACACCAAUCAGUAUGGCCUCUAUGGAAAAACACGAGCGGAGGAGGACGCUAAACUAUUCCUGAGAGAGAAAGAACACCUGGAGAGAGAGAGGGAUGGGAUACGGACCACUCUGCUGACACUGAGACAAGAGAGGAGAGAGAUGAAGGAGAGAUUUCAGACUGCUACAGAGGAGCAGAAGGGCUCCCUGAGUGAGCGUGUGUCCCAGCUAGAGGAGACGUGCCGGGGGAAGGAGAGUGAGAGGGUGGACCUGGAGCUGCGUCUCACCCAGGUUAAAGACAACCUGAAGAAGAGCCUAGCAGGAGGGGCUCUGGGGGCACCUGGGGAGAGCAAACCCUCCAGCAAGGUGUAUAGCAGGCCCUACUACUCUGAGUCUAUACCAGUCAGCUGUGUCUCUGCGGCCCGUGUGAAACAUCCUGUCUACUCAACAUCUAAAAGAACAGUCAUGCAGAAAGCCAAGGAAUGGGAGUCAAAGAAAUGCACCUAAGGCAUAACGAUGUUAAGGAAAGAUUGGAGAUGAUUGGAGGAAUAUCAGAGGGAGGAUGUGUCUUUCAGAUUGUUGUAGAGAUUUGGACGAAAUUGAAUAUUUGAGCCAGUGUACAGAAAGGAUAUGAAAUUAUACCUUAAUAAAUGACAAAGGGACAACGAGAGAUUUAAGGUGAGAAUGUUCCAUAGAACUGGAAGACAAUGCAGAUGGAAGAAAAACACAGUGAUUUACUGUAUGUGAUGUGCUUUAAAGGGAUACUUCCAGAUUUUGUAAAUUAAGACUUUUCCUAGCUCCAUGUCACUGGAAAUUCUUCUGUAGACUUCAGUGCAUUUCAGCUGCAAAAAUAGCUCCAGAACCGCCCUUCAACUUUCUUCAAACUACACACAGAGACAUACACUUGGUAUCCAUGAGUUCAUUUGACUCUGGGUAAGUAGAAAAAAGGGCUUAAUUGCCAAAAUCCGAAACUAUCCCUUUAACAUUGUUUUCCCUUAUCACCUCUAUCUGUACAGACAGAAGCAUCACCUCUAUCUGUACAGACAGAAGCAUCACCUCUAUCUGUACAGACAGAAGCAUCACCUCUAUCUGUACAGACAGAAGCAUCACCUCUAUCUGUACAGACAGAAACCAUACCUACUGUUUUGUCUAUAGGAUGAUUUUUACACUGCACAAUGUUCAUUUUACCCUCAAAUUGAGAUGUACUUUAUAAACAGUAUGAUGACAAAUAAAAUUGUGAUAAUAAUAAAUAUUAUCUGAACGAUGUA